AUGACGUUGAUUCAGACAGAUGAGUGGUGGGAGCUGGUAGCUGGGACUGCUUUUAAAACAGAUGCAGAGAGAUUAUAUAAAGACUUGAAAGCCUUUCCCAAGAAGCUUCUGCAUGAAACCCAGCCAAGACCAACCAAUUACCAAGGAUUUCAGAAGCCACAUUUUCCGCUGCAGCCAAGAGUGUUUGAUCCCAAUGUUAUAGGGGACGGCGUGUUCCUUUCUGAUGUCUCUCCUUCCAACAUAGGGCAAGCUCUCCCAGCAGAGAAGAAGAAAGGGAGAUCAGCCACCUUCUACCCUCUAGACAACAGCCCCUUCCUUCUUCCUGUGGAUGAGACACAACCGCCGGUGCUCAACAGCAGCAUGGAGCCUGUGGGCGUUAGCACAGAAAUGGCACUGCUCAGCAACAUCCUAGCAGCGUAUGCCUUUAUCACAGAAAACCCUGAGCGGGCUGCUCUGUAUUUUGUCUCCGGAGUGUGUAUUGGACUCGUCUUGACCCUGCUGGCCCUGGUGCUAAGGGUGUCCUGCCGAACUGACUGCAAACGCUCCUCCGUGAAAAAACCUCCUCGGGAGCGGGAGAGCGACAGCGACAGCAGCGACAGCGAUGAUGAUUCGGACACCACUUCGGACCUGUCUGCCCGCAGGCACCGCAGGUUCGAGAGGACUUUGAACAUGAACGUCUUCACUUCGGCGGAGGAGCUUGAGCGAGCUCAGCGGCUGGAGGAGCGAGAGCGCAUCAUCCGGGAGAUCUGGAUGAAUGGCCAGCCAGACAUCCCAGGGACCAGGAGCCUCAACCGUUACUACUAA